GGUCUGUCCAUUGUUUACAUAAAAUAGGUCAGGUUUAGUUCAAGUGUUGAAAGGAUGACGACGUCAGUUUGUGUAUUUUGAUAUCAAUCUGUCAUGCAAAGCUACCUUUGUAUAUGAAACAGGAAACGAAUACUUUUUAUAAGGAUGGUCUGUUAUGUCAUAUUUCGUCCAGGAAGGGAUGGUUAUACCACAACUACAGACACUGACGGACACGUGUAGGACCCAAGGUCGUAACCGGCGAUACCAUUACCAGGUUAUAUAUGCAGUUUCACCAUCGCCUGCUGUCCGAUACAGACGGAUCCCUCGAUAAACGCCACGACUUGAUACCUUGCUCAUUAAGCAGUCCGGCUCGGAGAUUGCUAUAUCUAUGGAACUUGGAUUGGUUCCAGCGUGAUGUAACACAUUAGAAUAUUGGAUAGUUGUAUCUAGUGGCAGCAAAUCACAGCAUUUAACAGUAUCAUUGGGGAAUUGGUCAGAUGAAGUGUAUACCGAGAUGCACGUUACUAUGACAACUUUCGUUCCAGAACGAACAAACCGGGCAAUACUUGGUCUUUGAUUCUGACAAGCAAUUUAUAUAUAUAUAUAAUCAUUAUCGUACAGCGUGUACGUAUGUGACAUGGCGGUCAUACUUUACGUCAGAAUGGGCUUUGUUAUGUAAAAGUAGGUUUAACCUUUAAUUUAACAAACUAGUGAUGAAAAUUCAGCGAAAACGCCUUGCUAUAAGAAUCUCGAGCUAAGGAGGUCGAGAAAAGUAUUCCUGACACAAAGUAUCGCAAACCUUCAAAGCUAAUCAUGGUGGCGUCAAAUGUGCAUAAUAUAUUGACAGACAAUGGUACCAUUUCGCACUCGGAAUACCCUAACAGUCAACUCAUGACGUCACAUCCUGUUGGUAACAUCACUAAUGGAUCAGAAGGAUCUCCCAUGUCCGAGGAUUUACACAACUACCAUUUAAUUCCGGUUAUGGUGUAUGUUUGUAUCCUUUUCGUUAUUGGUGUACCUGGGAAUAUAUUCGUCUGUUACAUCUACUACUUCAAAUGGACUAGGAAGACAUCACGUGUGUUCAUUCUAGCUCUGGCCGUAUUUGAUCUAAUUAACAACCUUGUUUCUCUACCAACGGAAAUAGCCCUUCUGUCAAACUUCCACAAUUUCGAUUACCCGGUGUUGUGUAAAGUGUCCAGGUUUCUAACGUUUACAAUGAACAGCGCCUCAGCCACAGUUCUCGUUGGAAUAGGAUGGGACAGACUAAUGGGCAUAUGCUAUUGGUCAAAAAUGAGACCAAUGAAAAUUCGAACCGCGAAACUGAUCAGUGCCGGAGCCGUAAUUCUUGCAUUUACCACAGGGUGGCCGGCUUUGUUCAUAUAUGGGACCUUCACACAUCCGUACAAAACGGAACAGAAAACAUGUCUAUACGCAGACGAGUAUAUAGGCUCUAUAUAUACAACCAUAUUUGCUUGGUAUGUUUUGUGCUCAAAUCUAGUAUAUGAUACUAUUUUAGCGGUGUUGUACUUCAUCAUAGGCCGCCAUAUCAUAGCCCAUCAAACAAGUGGUAGGAACGGCUUGGAUAGGUUUGGCCCAAUCAGAAGACCAAGCGCCAUGUCUAAUUCUAGUGUGUGUGAGGAUUUAUAUCUCGCUGAUAAUUUAAUAUUGAAGAACGGACAAUGUAAGAAGGGCAGGUUUAUAUGGCGAUCCAAUAGUUUUAAUACAAAACAAUAUAACAGUGUUGAGAGCUUAAGGAGAAACACUAUGGAGAAUCCAAAAACUCUUAACCAAUCCAAACCAGUACGGCCUAAUCGCAGCCCUACUCUGUCUGUCAGUCACAGACCGUCGGCAUUUAGUCAGACGUUCUCAUCUUCCAGCGGAAGUUACGUCACAGGACGCCGAUACAGAACUGGAAAAACCACUACGACGUUAUUUGUUGUGACGAUGGUGUUUAUAAUAUCAUUUGUGCCUUACUGUGUGAUAUCCAUAACGAGGCUGAGUAAUGUAAAGGCAUUCUUCUAUGAGAACGCAUCCAUUGUCGGCAAAGUAUUCUAUCACCUGUUUCUAAGGACGUAUUUCCUGAGUAGCGUUCUGAAUCCUCUGAUAUAUAAUGGAUUUAAUGCUAAAUUUAGAGCUGAAUGUAAACUACUUAUUAAAAAGGUAUUGUGCUUCUUAUGUAAAUGUAGAGAGUAGAACAGGUACACGAUAGUUGUUUUAGUAUAGAGUUAUAUGAACAAUUGAGUUUCGUUAUUUCUGAUAUGUAUUUUGUUAAAAUAUAAUUUCAAUGCUACUGUUAUGUAUUGUUAUGUCUUUAUAUAUGUGGAAUAAAGUGUUACAAUGAU